AUGCCUACUACCGACGGAACAUUAACGGAGGAAGAAUUGGAAGAAUAUUUACCUUCAAAGAGGGCGUACAAGGAACUCAAGGAAAAGGAGGGUAAGUGUAGUGGAGGUGAUGAUAGUAUUCCUGAAGGAAUGGAAGGUGCACUGCGAGAGGAAUCCGGUUGGAAGGAAUAUGUUAAGGAGUUUAUGAAAUACUGGUGUUACGCAACCCAACAGGGAGAAAGCACCUUAUCCCAAGAUAUGCGCUGUGGUUUUUUAUAUUAUUUCACUGGGGAUAUGAUAUUUAGCAGUUUGGAGAGUGAUCAAUUAUUGCAGCGUACUAUGAAUGCGAUCUGCUGGAAGCUGAAAAAUUUGGCUGGUAAUGAUAAGUUUGACAUUGUGUGCCACCCUUUUAAUUGGAACCUUUUCACUUUUGAAAAAAAAGUGUAUGAUUAUUAUCAUGAUCAUGUAACUAUGGAAACAGAGCACGAGAGUAAUAAAUCUCCCUGCAAUGGAGCAUUAAAGGAUUAUGUGGACGCAGCUAAAAGUGCAUAUGACAUUAUGGAGCGUCAAUGUAAGAACAUUGCUCCUAAGAACCGUGCAUACUGUACCAAAUUUAGCGGCAAAUACAGUACGCACCACCCUAAGGAACUCCUGAAAUCAAAGUGCGGAAUAAUGGAAGAGCAGGAAUCUAUAGCUGAAAUAACACAUCGUCCUUCAGCUUCCUUCAUUGAACCAAAAAAGGGGAACACAGUACCUGCAUCAACCACUUCUGGUGGUAGUGUUGCCGCCUCUAUUAUCCCUUCCAUCCUAGGAUUAAUAGGUCUUCCUACAAUCGCAUUAUUCUUAUAUAAGGUAAAAACAAUUACAAUUACAGUUAAAACUGGGAAAAAAAAAUAUAAGAACAUAAUAUAA